GUUGUGAGGGAGACAGUGUUUGUUGUGGCAAACUUGGUCGCUCAUUCACUUGCUAGUCAGUGCUUAUUCACUUACAGUAUAGCCAUUCACUUGCCACGGGCACUUUACCUUUGCAGUCCAUACUUUAACCCAACAAAGAGCGAAAUUCCUGACUUCUCAACAAACAGCAAGUCAAAAUACUUUCACUCACACACUCAAACAUCUCUCGGGCCUCCGCACCUUACCCAUCGAGUUUGCAACUUCCUUGUCUCAAAAUUCCAACCGAAGGACAACCUACAAUAUGGCUUCAAUGAACCACAACGCAUCGCACGCAAUUUCACCGCACAGCGCCGUUGUUGCCGCUGCCCGUCGAUCUACUACGGGAGGUCCGCGAUUCCAGCCUACGGGUGUACUUCGUCCUCUGAAGGAAGAGGUGCUGGAGCUCAUUAAGCCAUGGCGGGACAGCAUGAAUGAGCCACCGUUCACUGCUGGCGAGCUGAUAGUGAUCACACUCGUUAUGGGAGAUCUGGCACCCCAGUCAAUGCACGAGAUCCACGUGGAAAUUCUGUCUGCUUUCAAGCACUACAACAGGGCAGCUGUGAAGUCAUAUGUGGCUUAUCUCGAGGAGCAAUCGAAGGACACUUACGACCCAGACGAUCGGCUUCAAUACAUCCUGAGCGGUUACCAUGCAGCUCUGAGAGACUUCAACACUCCUCUGAGUUGCAUGCACGACGCGAAAGAAGACCUGGACAGAUACACUAUAUCUGCUGGUGCUGCACGCAUCUUCUUGCGCGAGUAUUUAGAACCUCCGCGAGAAGGCGUUUUCGAUUUCAUGGGACUGCCUGCUGAGCUUCGUGAGAAGAUCUACAAGAUGACCCUUGUCUUCCCGAAACCUGGACUUAGACACUGGGUUGGACCAGUGACGGAGGAUGGCGACGAAUAUGGAGUUACGAAGCUUGGGUUAUUGUCUUACAACGACGUAGACGCCCCCGUGUACGACAAUUCGGCAGAUCUAGGGCAGGAGAACACCAUCACAGUGAGAAACCUGUCGAACGCCCUCGGACUCCUCGGGGUUUCGAAGCAAAUUCGUCAAGAGGCGCUGCAUCUGUUCUAUGGACGAAACAGCUUCCACUUCGGUUCGCUGUGGUACCUCCGUAGGAUGUUCACAAUGAUAACUGACGAAGCUCUCCAGCAUAUCGGCGAACUCAAAAUAGUCAUGGACUAUCAUCCUCCAUUCGCGAUAUGGAGAUUUCAUCGAUUCGCUCAAAUGUCACUGAAGAAACUCGUCGUGAUCGCGCCGAGCGAUAAUCUUUUCUGGGAUGAUCUUAGCAUUCAUGUCUUCGGGCGCGAAUCUGUGCUUGCGGUCGAAACCAGUACGCUUGGUGAGAAUGAAUGCUUGGCGCCUCUUCUUUCAAUGGCGAAGCGUGCCCAGAACUUCGAAGUUCAGGGGAACGGCACCGUGGGAGCUUGGCUACUUAGGAAAGUCGAAGAAUCGAGGAAGGAGCGGCAAGCAAUAACAGAAGAAGAAGAAGAAGAGGAGGAGGAGGAGGAGGAGGAGGAGGAGGAGGGCGACGAUGACAGUGAAGACAGCAUCGGUCCUGAGGACAUCGAGGUAGUCGCUGGUCCGUCCAUUUAG